AUGAACAGUGAACAGAAACAAAUUAGAAAUAAUUAUCUCUUUAUGAAGAAAUGUGUUGAAAGUAAUCCAGUAGUACCUAUUCAGCAGGAGUGGUUAAUCUCCAUGCUCACAUUGGUGCCUCAGUCUCUCAUGGAGGGCAAGGAUAGAGAGAAACUGGUUGAAGAACUCUUAAAUGAGAUAACAGAUGAUUAUGAAAUGAGUAUGAAAAGAUUUAUGGUACGAAGUGUUCUUAUCAAGCCUGAAGUAAAAUUACUUGAAUAUGAAAAAGAAGGACCUUUGGCAGUUGAACCUGUAGGAUUAGACUUUUCUAGACCAUGGCAUAAAAGUUUUAUACAAGCAAGAAAACAGAUUUUUGAAAAUUUACAUAUUCUCCAUCCAACUUUAAGACUUCUCCUUGAAACUGGUUACAUAACAUUUUCCAACUUACUUAUAGUAGAUGUAUCUGGUUUCAGGUCAAAAGGCCCAAUAGAAUGUGAAUCCCUUCAAAAUGAUGUGUCUAUAAAAUGCUUAAAAACAGAAGAAAAGAUAUUAAACACAUGGUAUCCAAGGGUUAUCAAUCUCUUUACCAGAAAAGAAGCACUGGAGGGUGUGAAACCUGAUCAAAUGGAUUCUUUCUAUAACUGUGUGGCUACACUUAUGUCUAAUCAGCUGAAGGAGUUAUUAAAAAGAUCCGUUGAAGCUUAUGUGAAGUUAUUUGACUUAGAAGAUCAGAGAUGGCUACCAUUGUUCAAAAUGGAAUUGACGUUUGAUGAUGAGAAAAUGGACUUUUAUCCUAGCUUUCAUGAUCUGGAAGAUACCCUCUUAUGUAUUAUUACUUUGAUUUCGCAAACUUUGCAGAAUGUUCAGACAAUACAUUCAUGGUUAGGAGGUACAAACAUAGUAACAACUAUUGACACUGAACUUCCUGACCAUGUUAUAGCAUGGGCUUCAUUUGUACUGAAGACAGCACUCAAUGAGAAUUUGAAAGGUGCAAAAGCACAUUUUGAUUCUUAUGAGGAAAAAUAUGGCUGGCUUGUAGAUGGUGUUGCAGAUGACCGUAUUAAAACAUUUAUAGCUGAGGAACACAGUUUUGAUGAAUAUGCAGAGCUUAUAGAUGAAUUUUUAAAUCUUUCAACGGAAAUAAUGAGCUUGCCAAUGAUAGCUCACUUCUCUAUGGUGCGUUUAGAUUGUGAUGACUUGAAGCAAGGGUUAUGUGAAAAAGCAAAAAGCUUUGCAUAUAAAUUAUUGGACUUAUUAGCUUCCAAUCAUAGAGAAGAAAAUAACAAGAUAUGUAAUGAAUUUGAAAACAUUAAAGAACGUGCAUUAAAAGUUCCUGAGACAACAGAACAAAUGAUGGAAAGUAUAGCCUUUAUAGACAAGGCUAAAACCAUAGGAAUACAGAAGUUGUAUGAAAGGAUUAAGGAAUGCCAGCGACGAAUGAAUUAUCUUCUGGAUGUUUAUUUAUUUGAACCAGAAGACUUGACACUGAAUGCAACUGUUUUGUUGUGGCCUCAAAAUAUUAACCCUAUCUUUGAUGAAAAUGAUGAUAUUAUAGAAAUGUCUAAACGGAAGGGUGAAAGUGAAUUACUAGCCAAACGUGAGAAAUUGAUAAUGGAAGUAGACAAGCAGAUUCGUCGUAUGCAUGAAUUCACAGAGUACUGUGAUUUGGACCGCAUGCAACAGUAUGUGACUGAUAUGAGAACACUACAAAAACGCAUACAAGAUGCUGAUGAAGCAGUUACUUUUAUUAAUAAAGAAGAGAAGCUUUUAAAUUGGGAGCUGACUGAAUAUCCAGAGUUGGAGACCUUAAAACUUAACAUUGAGCCAUAUCAGAAACUUUUUGUUUUUAUAUUGAAAUGGCAGCGGACUGAGAAACGAUGGAUGGAUGGUGCAUUUCUAGAUCUCAAUGGAGAAAAGAUGGAAGGUGAAGUAGAUGAAUUUUUUCGAGAAAUUUAUAAGACAGUAAGAUUUUUUCAACAACAGCAAAAGAAAGCUGAAAUAGAAAGAAAAAAGUCAUUGCGAAGAGCAGUAGUUGAAGAGAGAGUAGAGGAAGAAAAGAAGGACACUCCAACUAUUUCAAUGUGUAAUGCUGUAAUGCAGCAGGUUAAAGAUUUUAAGGAAAAUAUCCCCUUGGUGACUAUCCUUUGUAAUCCAGGCAUAAAAGCUCGUCAUUGGAAUCAGAUGUCAGAAAUUGUUGGAUAUGAUUUAACUCCAGAUUCUGGAAGUACCUUAAGAAAAGUGUUAAAGCAGAACCUAACUCCUUACUUAGAGCAAUUUGAAGUUAUAAGUAUGGGAGCAAGUAAGGAAUUUUCACUAGAAAAAGCAAUGCAUAAUAUGAUGGAGACCUGGGAUUCAAUUUCCUUCCAAACUGGCUUAUAUCGUGAGACUGGAGUUAGCAUUCUGUCUGCUGUUGAUGAAAUCCAGACAAUUCUAGAUGAUCAGAUUGUAAAAACACAAACAAUGAGGGGAUCACCUUUCAUCAAACCAUUUGAAAAACAAAUGAAGGAAUGGGAAGAACGCUUAAUUAGAAUUCAAGAGACUAUUGAUGAGUGGCUAAAAGUGCAAGCUCAGUGGCUUUACUUGGAACCAAUUUUUUCUUCAGAAGACAUUAUGCAACAAAUGCCAGAGGAAGGGCGCCAAUUCCAGACUGUGGAUAGGUAUUGGAGAGAUAUUAUGAAAUACUGUGUCAAGGAUCCCAAGGUUCUUGCUGCCACUUCAUUGACAGGGUUGUUGGAAAAACUUCAGAACUGUAAUGAUCUUCUUGACAAAAUCAUGAAAGGAUUGAAUGCCUAUCUUGAGAAGAAGCGUCUCUUCUUUCCCCGCUUUUUUUUCUUGUCUAAUGAUGAGAUGUUGGAGAUACUGUCAGAGACUAAAGACCCUCUCCGUGUCCAGCCUCACUUGAAAAAGUGUUUCGAGGGCAUUGCGAAACUUGAAUUUCGGCCCAAUCUGGAUAUUAAGUCAAUGUAUAGCACUGAAGGUGAACGUGUGGAAUUUAUUUCGACUAUUUCAACUUCUGAAGCUCGGGGAGCUGUUGAAAAGUGGCUAAUACAAGUUGAAGAUAUUAUGUUGAGGAGUAUUCAUGAUGUUAUUACAAGAUCAAGACUGGCAUAUCCAGAAAGCCCAAGAAAGGAUUGGGUAAGAGAAUGGCCUGGGCAGGUAGUUUUAUGCGUUUCACAAAUGUUCUGGACAAGUGAAGUUCAUGAAGCCAUAGCUAGUGGCCCAGAGGGCUUGCAGAAUUAUUACCAGGCUCUUCAAUAUCAGUUAAAUGAUAUCGUAGAGCUGGUAAGAGGAAAGUUGUCUAAACAAACAAGGAUUACAUUGGGUGCUUUGGUCACUAUUGAUGUGCAUGCUAGAGAUGUCAUCAUGGAAAUGAUUGAAAGUGGUGUGUCAAAGGAGACAGAUUUUCAAUGGCUUGCUCAGUUGCGAUAUUACUGGGAAUAUGAUAAUGUACGUGUACGCAUCAUUAAUUGCAAUGUAAAAUAUGCUUAUGAAUAUCUUGGCAAUUCUCCUCGACUCGUUAUCACUCCUCUCACAGACAGAUGUUAUCGCACUCUGAUUGGAGCAUUUUAUUUAAAUCUUGGUGGUGCUCCAGAAGGUCCAGCUGGGACAGGUAAAACAGAGACUACCAAAGAUUUGGCUAAAGCUGUUGCGGUGCAAUGUGUUGUCUUCAACUGCUCUGAUGGCCUUGAUUAUCUAGCCAUGGGGAAGUUUUUUAAGGGUUUAGCUUCUUCAGGUGCUUGGGCCUGCUUUGAUGAAUUCAAUCGCAUUGAACUGGAGGUACUGUCUGUGGUAGCCCAGCAGAUUCUUUGCAUCCAGAGAGCUAUACAACAGAAGCUGGAGAUAUUUAAUUUUGAAGGAACUGAACUGAGGCUUAAUCCCAAUUGUUUUGUUGCAAUUACUAUGAAUCCAGGUUAUGCAGGUCGCUCUGAGCUACCAGAUAAUCUGAAGGUUCUUUUCCGAACAGUUGCCAUGAUGGUUCCUAAUUAUGCCCUCAUUGCUGAAAUCUCUCUAUAUUCUUAUGGAUUUCUGAAUGCUAAGCCAUUGUCUGUGAAGAUAGUCAUGACCUACAGAUUGUGUUCAGAACAACUUUCAUCUCAGUUUCAUUAUGACUAUGGAAUGCGUGCAGUCAAAGCAGUACUAAUAGCUGCUGGUAACUUAAAACUAAAAUUUCCAACAGAGAACGAAGAUAUAUUGCUCCUUCGAUCAAUCAAAGAUGUAAAUGAGCCUAAAUUUUUGUCUCAUGACAUACCUCUAUUUAUGGGAAUUACAAGUGAUUUAUUUCCUGGCAUUAAGCUCCCUGAAGCUGACUAUAGUGAUUUUCUGGAAUGUGCAAAUGAAUGUUGCAAAGAGCAUAAUGUCCAGCCUGUUAAAGUUUUUCUAGAAAAGAUGAUACAGACUUAUGAAAUGAUGAUAGUUAGACAUGGGUUUAUGCUUGUAGGAGAGCCUUUUUCUGGCAAGACCAAAGUUCUGCAUGUAUUAGCAGAUACACUUUCUCUAAUGAAUGAGCGUGAGUAUGGAGAAGAAGAAAAGGUAAUACACAGAACUGUCAAUCCAAAAGCUAUUACUAUGGGGCAACUCUUUGGACGAUUUGAUCCAGUAUCUCAUGAGUGGACAGAUGGCGUAGUGGCCAAUACUUUUCGAGAAUUUGCUUUAACUGAAACACCUGACCGCAAAUGGGUUGUUUUUGAUGGUCCUAUUGAUACUCUUUGGAUAGAAAGUAUGAACACUGUGUUGGACGACAACAAAAAGUUAUGUCUGAUGAGUGGAGAAAUUAUUCAAAUGUCACCUCAGAUGAGCCUCAUCUUUGAAGCUAUGGAUCUAUCUCAGGCUUCCCCAGCUACAGUCAGUCGAUGUGGAAUGAUUUAUUUAGAGCCUUCACAAUUGGGAUGGAAGCCACUUGUUACUUCAUGGUUGAUGACACUUCCUGAACCCCUGAAUGAAAAGGAAUUCCAAGACCUGUUUGAAGACCUUUUUGAUUGGUUAGUACCUCCUGCUUUGCGAGUCCGUCGGAAACAGUGCAAGGAGUUAGUUCCCACCAGCGAUAGCAAUAAUGUGGUAUCUCUUGCUCGGCUGUUGGAAAUGCUGUUGUGUCACAAAGCGAAAAAAGAUCCAAGCAAUAAAAAUAUCCAUAAAUGGGUUACGGGUUGUUUUGCUUUUGCUAUGAUUUGGUCUAUUGGAGCAACAUGUGAUAGUGAUGGUCGGAUUAUAUUUGAUAACUUUAUGAGAGAUAUUGUCAUAGGAAAAUUGGAUGAACAUCCAAUACCAGCAAGCAUAGGAAAAUGGGAACAUCCAUUUGAAGAAAAAGGAUUGGUGUAUGAUUAUAUGUUUGAGUUAAAAGGAAAAGGCCGUUGGGCACAUUGGAAUGAAGCUGUUAAAAGCAUCAAUUAUAGUGAUAAAAGUAUUAAAGUUCAAGACAUUAUAGUUCCAACAAUGGACACAGUCAGAUAUACCUAUUUGAUGGAAUUGUGCAUUAAAUAUGGAAAGGCACUGCUUUUUGUGGGACCUACUGGUACUGGGAAGUCUGUAUAUGUAAAAGACAAGCUAAUGCACAACUUACAAAAGGAUCUCUACUUCCCAUUCUUCCUUAACUUUUCAGCUCGAACCAGUGCCAAUCAGACCCAGAAUAUUGUCAUGGCCAGGUUGGACAAAAGGCGGAAAGGAAUAUAUGGGCCACCAGUGGGAAAGAAGUGUAUAAUCUUCGUAGAUGAUAUGAAUAUGCCUGCCCUGGAGCAGUAUGGAGCUCAGCCUCCAGUUGAACUUUUAAGGCAGUUUUUUGAUCAUGGAAUCUGGUAUGAUUUAAAAGACACAAAUAAAAUUACACUAGUUGAUAUUCAGUUGAUGGCUGCCAUGGGUCCACCAGGUGGUGGAAGAAAUCCUGUAACACCUCGUUUCCUGAGACAUUUCAAUAUUUGCACCAUUAAUUCUUUUAGUGAUGAAACAAUGGUCCGGAUUUUUUCUACUGUUGUUUCUCUCUAUCUCAGAGUAAAUGAAUUUAUUCCAGAAUAUUUCACAGUUGGAAACCAGAUUGUCAGUGGCACUAUGGAGGUAUAUAAGAAAGCCAUGGCAAACCUAUUGCCAACACCAGCCAAAUCCCAUUAUACAUUCAAUUUGCGUGAUUUUUCACGAGUUAUUCUAGGCUGCUUGCUUAUUAAGAAGGACUCGGUUGUCAACAAGCAUACAAUGAUUCGUCUUUUUGUACAUGAAGUAUUUCGAGUGUUUUAUGACCGGCUUGUGGAUGAUGCUGAUAGGGCUUGGUUGUUCAAACUCAUAAAAGAAAUUGUAAAAGAACAUUUCAAAGAAGCCUUUGAUGCAGUAUUUUCACACCUCAGACAAGGAAAUGCACCUAUAAGUGAAGAAGAUCUGAGGAAUCUGCUGUUUGGAGACUAUAUGAAUCCUGACCUUGAAGGAGAAGAAAGAAUUUAUUAUGAAAUUCCAAGUAUACAAAUGUUCAAUGAUGUUGUGGAACUAUGUUUGGAUGAAUAUAACCAAACUCACAAAACAAGAAUGAAUCUAGUAAUUUUUAGGUAUGUACUGGAACAUUUGUCUCGUAUAUGCCGUGUGCUCAAGCAAUCUGGAGGUAAUGCUUUACUUGUUGGAAUGGGAGGAAGUGGUCGACAAUCCCUGACCCGAUUGGCUACAUCCAUGGCAAAAAUGAAUAUUUUCCAACCUGAAAUCUCCAAGAGCUAUGGAAUGAAUGAGUGGAGGGAAGACCUAAAGAACCUUCUGAAGAGUGCAGGUAUGAAGGGCUUGAAAACUGUGUUUUUGAUCACAGACACACAAAUCAAAGAAGAAGGAUUUUUAGAAGAUGUUGACAGUGUGCUUAAUACAGGAGAAGUACCCAAUCUUUUUGCAGCUGAUGAGAAACAGGAAGUUAUGGAGGGAGUUCGUGCUGUAUCUCAGGCUGGACAUAAACAUGAAGAGCUUAGUCCGUUGGCUUUAUUUGCUUUUUUUGUGAACCGUUGCAAAGACAAUCUCCAUGUUGUAGUAGCUUUCAGUCCAAUUGGAGAUGCUUUUCGCAAUCGCCUGAGACAAUUUCCAUCUCUCAUCAACUGUUGUACUAUUGACUGGUUCCAGCCAUGGCCUGAAGAUGCUCUUGAGCGUGUGGCUAUUAAAUUCUUGGAAAAGCUUGAGCUCACAGAAAAUGAACGUCAAGAAGUUGUUCCUAUCUGUAAACAUUUCCAUACAUCUGUGUUAUCGCUUUCUGAAAGAUUUUUGAACCAGUUGGGACGACAUAACUACGUUACACCUACUUCUUACCUUGAACUUAUUGGUUCCUUCCAACUUCUUUUGUCACAAAAUCGUGAUACUGUCAUGAAGGCAAAAAAAAGAUAUACUAAUGGAUUAGACAAAUUAGCUUUUGCUGAAUCUCAGGUUGGCGAAAUGAAGAAAGAACUUGUUGAUUUGCAACCUAAAUUGGAGGAAGCAAAAGUGGAUAAUGCAGCCAUGAUGAAGAUCAUUGAGAAGGAAUCUGCUGAGGUUGAAGCAAAAAGCAAAACUGUAAAAGUAGAUGAGGAGCUUGCUACAGAAAAGGCUGCUGAAGCUCAAGCACUGAAAAAUGAAUGUGAGAGUGACCUUGCCGAAGCAAUUCCAGCACUAGAGGCAGCAUUGGCCGCACUUGACACUCUGAAGCCUGCAGAUAUUACAAUUGUAAAAUCAAUGAAGAAUCCACCUUCUGGAGUUAAACUGGUUAUGGCUGCUAUUUGUGUCAUGAAGGAUAUAAAACCAGAAAAAAUUGCUGAUCCUUCUGGAAUUGGAGGAAAGAUUUUAGACUACUGGGGACCUAGCAAAAAACUUUUAGGUGAAAUGAAUUUCCUUAAAGAUUUGAGAGAAUAUGACAAAGAUAACAUUCCAGUAUCAGUGAUGCAGAAGAUUCGUUCAGAAUAUCUAACUAAUCCUGAAUUUGAUCCUCCCAAAGUGGCUAAAGCAUCUUCUGCAGCAGAAGGGUUAUGUAAAUGGAUUAUGGCAAUGGAGGUUUAUGACCGAGUAGCAAAGACAGACUCUCAAUGGUCUCAUGCUGCAGAUGAUCUCCAGAACACUUAUGAUAAUUUGACAGGAGAUGUUCUGGUAUCAGCAGGGGUGAUAGCUUACCUUGGUGCUUUUACUGCUGGAUUUCGACAAGAAUGUACUAAAGAUUGGAGCAAACUCUGUAAGGUGAAAAAUAUUCCUUGUUCUGAAAACUUCUCUCUAAGUAAGACCCUUGGCGAUCCAAUAAAAAUCAGAGCCUGGAAUAUUGCAGGUCUUCCAACAGAUCAGUUUUCCAUAGAUAAUGGUGUGAUUGUUGACAAUUCUAGACGUUGGCCAUUAAUGAUUGAUCCCCAAGGUCAAGCAAAUAAAUGGAUAAAACAUUCUGAGAAAGAGAACAGACUGAGUGUCAUAAAAUUUACUGAUUCAGACUACAUGAGAACUCUAGAAAAUUGCAUUCAGUUUGGAACUCCUCUUCUGCUUGAAAAUGUUGGAGAAGAGAUAGAUCCUUCCUUGGAACCUUUGCUACUUCGGCAAACUUUUAAACAAGGAGGCAUGGAUUGCAUUCGGCUUGGUGAAACAAUAAUUGAAUAUUCUUUUGAUUUCAAAUUUUAUAUUACCACCAAAUUAAGGAAUCCGCAUUAUUUACCUGAAUUAGCAACAAAAGUUUCUUUGCUAAAUUUCAUGAUUACUCCAGAAGGACUAGAAGAUCAACUUUUAGGCAUAGUUGUUGCCAAGGAAAGGCCAGAAUUAGAGGAAGAACGAAAUGCUCUUAUCCUUCAGUCAGCUGCCAAUAAGAAACAACUAAAAGAUAUAGAAAAUAAAAUUUUAGAAACACUGCAGUCUUCUGAAGGUAAUAUUUUAGAAGAUGAAAGUGCAAUUACUAUCUUGGACUCAGCAAAAAUAAUGUCUAAUGAAAUUACAAAGAAGCAGCAGAUUGCAGAAAAAACUGAAAUUAAGAUUGCACAGUCUCGAGAAGGCUACAGACCCAUUGCAAAGCAUUCAUCUGUAUUGUUUUUUAGUAUUGCUGAUCUGGCUAAUAUAGAUCCAAUGUACCAAUAUUCUCUCAGUUGGUUUGUAAACCUUUAUAUCAACUCUAUUCAUGACAGCAACAAGUCUAAAAUUUUGGAAAAAAGGCUACGGUAUCUAAAUGACCAUUUCACGUACAACUUGUAUUGCAAUGUUUGUCGCUCCCUGUUUGAGAAGGAUAAGUUGCUGUUUUCAUUUUUACUCUGCUGUAAUCUUCUGAUAGCUAGGAAAGAAAUUGAAUAUCAGGAGUUUAUGUUUUUAUUAACUGGAGGGGUUGGUCUCAAGAGCAAAUUCAAGAAUCCCGAUCCAUCUUGGUUACAAGAUAAAAGCUGGGAUGAAAUAUGUCGUGCAAGCGAUAUGCCUGCUUUUAAAGGAUUACGGAAUCAUGUGACUUCACAGCCCGAUGAAUGGCGUAGCAUUUAUGAUAGUAAAGAACCCCAGACAGUUCCUUUACCUAAACCAUGGAAUACAGACUUAAAUGAAAUAAAGAAAAUGAUUAUUCUCCGAUGCUUGAGACCUGACAAGAUUACACCAGCUAUAACAACCUUUGUGACUGAUAAACUUGGAAAGAAAUUUGUUGAGCCACCUCCUUUUGAUCUAACAAAAAGUUACUUAGAUUCAAAUUCUUCAAUCCCUUUAAUCUUUGUGCUAUCUCCUGGAGCAGAUCCUAUGGCAAGUCUUUUAAAAUUUGCAAAUGACAAAAAUAUGAUUGGAAAUAAAUUUCAGUCCAUCUCUUUGGGACAAGGGCAAGGACCCAUAGCAACAAAAAUGAUUAGAGAAGGAAUGGAGGAAGGGACCUGGGUUUGUUUACAAAACUGCCAUCUUGCUGUUUCCUGGAUGCCAAUGCUGGAGAAAAUCUGUGAAGAGUUUAACAGUGAAACUUGCCAUUCCCUUUUCAGACUCUGGCUGACUAGUUAUCCAUCACCCAAGUUUCCAGUCACCAUUCUUCAGAAUGGUGUGAAGAUGACAAAUGAGCCUCCUACAGGCCUCCGGCUAAAUUUACUUCAGUCUUUCCUCUCUGAUCCGAUUUCUGAUGCAGACUUUUUUGCUGGAUGUUCUGGAAAGGAACAGAGAUGGGAGAAGCUGCUGUUUGGAGUUUGCUUUUUUCAUGCCCUAGUACAGGAGAGAAAAAAAUUUGGACCUCUGGGAUGGAAUAUUCCUUAUGGAUUUAAUGAAUCAGACUUGCGAAUCAGUGUCAGACAAUUGCAGCUGUUUAUAAAUGAGUAUGAUCACAUCCCAUUUGAAGCAAUAACUUACCUUACGGGUGAGUGCAAUUAUGGAGGAAGAGUGACAGAUGACUGGGACAGACGUCUACUACUGACUAUGCUUGCUGACUUUUACAAUACAGAUAUAGUGGAGAAUUCACAUUAUAAAUUUUCUCCCAGUGGCAACUAUUAUGCUCCCCCAAGGGGCACUUAUGAUGAUUAUAUUGAAUUUAUUAAGAAUCUUCCUUUUAGUCAGCAACCAGAAGUGUUUGGACUGCAUGAUAAUGUAGAUAUAUCAAAGGAUCUCCAGCAAACAAAAAUCACUUUUGAAUCUCUUCUGUUGACCCAAGGAGGAAGCAAUCAAGGAGGGUCUAAAAGUGGUGGCGACAGCACUUUAUAUGAAAUUGCAGAUGACAUUCUUAACAAGCUUCCAAAAGAUUAUGAUAUUGAGGCAGCACUUAUUAAAUAUCCUGUGAUAUAUGAAGAAAGUAUGAAUACUGUUCUGGUGCAAGAAAUGGAACGUUUUAACAAUUUAAUAAAAACCAUACGCACAACUUUGGUAAAUUUGAAGAAAGCAAUUAAAGGAUUGGUUGUGAUGGAUUCUGAAUUAGAGGCCCUUUGUGCCAGUCUUCUUAUUGGAAAAGUUGCAGAAAACUGGGCUAAACGUUCAUACCCAAGUCUGAAACCACUGGGAAGCUAUAUUCUAGAUUUUCUAGCUAGACUGAAAUUCUUACAGGAUUGGUAUGAUUCUGGAAAACCAUGUGUGUUUUGGCUCUCAGGAUUCUUUUUCACACAAGCAUUUUUAACUGGAGCAAUGCAGAAUUAUGCCAGGAAGUACACUAUUCCUAUUGAUCUCCUGGGAUAUGAGUUUCAGGUUAUUCCAAGGGAUACUUCGACUACUGCUCCAGAAGAUGGUGUUUACAUCAACGGGCUAUUUUUAGAUGGAGCUCGCUGGGACAGAGCAAAAGGGCUCCUAGGUGAACAACAUCCCAAAAUCCUCUUUGACAUGAUGCCCAUUAUUUGGAUAAAACCAGCCAAAACAUCAGAGAUCAAGAAAUCGAAUGCAUAUGUGUGUCCACUGUACAAGACAAGUGAACGCAAAGGAGUCCUUUCAACAACUGGGCAUUCAACUAACUUUGUCAUUGCAAUGAAGUUGUUAACUGACCAGCCAGUCCAGCAUUGGAUCAAGCGAGGAGUUGCUCUACUUUGUCAGCUGGAUGACUAAUUAUAUAGAACUCAAACCAAAUGAGACUAAUUACUCCAUAUUCAUAUCUUUCCCUAGAACAAAGGAUUUUCUAAAUAUGUAGACUUUCAAACUGGUAACAAUAUUUUACAAUAAACUGAACCCAUUCUUGUUUAUUGAUGUUUUUUCUUCUGUUCUUUUAUAAGUAAAGUGUAUAAUAUGCAAAAUAUCUUAUUUAGUCCAUCAUAAUUCAUUUUGAAGUUGUUGAAAAAUAAAUUUCCUUUUGCUCAAAAA